UCUACUGCGCAUGAUCAAUAGAUUCGUAAUGUCGUCUGCUGACAAAACUGCUUUUUCCGGUGUUAAAGUCAAAAUAUAGCCCAUAAAAAAGAAAUUCUUCGAUAGAUUGCAAUAUUUGUGGCUGAAAUGAAUGACCUGAAAUCUCUGAAUCGACUUACCAAAGGCACUUUGCACAGCCUGCAGCAACUGGAAAACAUUACCCAUGAUACAUUGGAUGAGAGAGAGAUUGUAGCUAAGCAGCAACGACAGCUCGAUGCGUUACAUAAAACGCUACAGCAGCUAGUACAGCAGCAUGAUAGGUUGACAUACAAACUCAAGCAUGGCCCAUGCCAGGUGUUGAAUGAACUACUCUGUAAUGAAGAUGGUACUAUCGAGGUGACGACAGAAGCCCAACACGCUGCUGCUACUAGCUCAGUGGCUUUUGCUAAGAGACUAAAAGCGCUGGAGUUUGUUCAAGCAUAUAGACUGUCAGGUGUAACAGUUACAACCGUAAGUGACAAACGAAUUCGUCUGAGAUGGGAUACAUUCUACUCGGCUGAAUAUUACGAACCUUACUACAUGGAACUAGAGUUCAAAGGUCAAUUACAAGUCUAUCGCCAUACCUUACCUUACUUCAUGCCGGUAGCGGACAUUGCGGAGCGAUGGUUGAACGAUGAUAUGAGACACUUUGUUGACGAGAUUGGAGACAUGCUGAAUGCCUUUGUUUCUAGAAGACAACAAGUCAAUAAACUAAAGCGAGACCAUAAAAAAUGCAUCCACGAGGACAUGACCCACAACCAAUCAUUUAACUGCGUUCAGUUGACAUUGUUACCUAGCAACAAACGCACAAGCUCUGUGUACAUAGAAAUAUUCUACGAUGACCUUAAAACUGCAUUACCAACAAGAGUUCAACUGAAAGAUGAUGAUGGAAAGCGUACUGCAUCAGAAAUGAGACAAAUUGAAUCGUCAUUUCAGAAACAUGAGCUCUCCUUGGCAUUAUCAUCAACACUGUGUAGACAUUAACAAUGUUUGCCUGGUAAUUUAUCAUCAAGAAGGGACAAUUUCAUAUUGCAAGGAUACUUCCAUUAAUAAUAAAUACUAAUCAUAGUGGCUUCUGUAGCACUCACAUAUGAUCUGCAACUCUGUGACGCUCAAGGCGCUUCCACAUUCAGUUUAACCCCUGUAAGGUAUUGUGAAGCUUGAAGUAUGAGAUCAAUAGACCGAUCCAUUAGGCUCUGCCCAAGGCGCAUAUGUGAGCAAGAACACAAGAGCCUCUCCAAUGCCAUUCUCGUAACUCUGUCGCACGCGCCAAGCAUACGCGCACGCAUGUCGGACUUUAUUUUGUCUGACUUUUGGCUGCGAAAUGGGUUGUGAUUGGUCAAUACACAAUGGAGCGGAGCUUAAUGGAUUGGUCUAUUCCUUUACAUCGCACCUUGUAA